UAAUAUUAGUUCCAAUAGAUUUAUCUAAUAUUUACUCGCACCUACGACGUCGCUUCACGCACUUUUCGGGCUUAUAAAACCCAAUCCCGCUUAUCUCCCCUACUGUCGGCACAUUCGAAAUACGAAUAAGGAAGGCUUUCUCUCUCCAUAUUAGGGAUUUCAGGUGAAAAUGGCACGUACCAAACAAACAGCUCGCAAAUCCACUGGCGGGAAGGCUCCCCGGAAACAACUCGCUACUAAGGCUGCAAGAAAGUCUGCACCCACCACUGGUGGAGUCAAAAAGCCUCAUCGUUAUCGCCCUGGUACAGUGGCUCUUCGUGAGAUUCGUAAGUACCAGAAAAGCACUGAACUCUUGAUCCGCAAGUUGCCUUUCCAACGUCUUGUUCGUGAAAUUGCACAAGACUUCAAGACGGAUUUAAGGUUUCAGAGCCAUGCAGUUCUUGCACUUCAGGAGGCUGCAGAGGCCUAUCUUGUUGGUUUGUUUGAGGACACGAAUCUCUGUGCCAUCCAUGCCAAGAGGGUCACUAUCAUGCCUAAGGACAUCCAACUUGCUAGGCGAAUCCGUGGUGAAAGGGCCUAAAUUUUAUUUGUCGUUGGUUCGUUUAGGUCACUGUUCCUAUGCUACAUUGUUUCUACUUUCUACUUGUUCCAUUCUAAUAUGGAUUGCUCUGAACUUGUAGUCUACUUACUGAAUGUUGGUAAUUUGUAUAAUUCACUUCUUUGAGAUUACGAAUUGUGGUCGUUCCAUUUUCUCCA